ACUUAUGUAUGUGUGUAUGUGUAUAUUUGUGCAUUACGCAUUUGCAAAGUAAAAACGUAAAAUUAAACAAAUAAAUCUAGAGUCUGGGGAUCAAAAUUAUUACCAGAAUCUUGAGAAUUGCCGCCGCAAUUGUCUACAGAUUGCGCCAUCUCCAUUGGCCAUGUACGCUACCAAUAAUGGCAGCACGAAUAAGGCGCCAAAUAGCAACUCCACCAAUUUGUUUGACAAUACGAUUACAGUCACGCCCAUUAAGGUAGAGCUAGGCGGAGCUAUCUCGUAUGGCGCGACAGCAAAUGCCGCUAGCAAGGUAGCCCCACCGGGACAGAGACGUACACCCAAUGCAGUGGUGGUCACCACACAGCAGCAGCAGCAACAACAGCAGCAGCAGCAUCUACAUCAUCCACAAGCUACACUGAGCAUGCCCACUAUGCAAGCCACAUUAGUGACAAAUUCGGGAAGUGUUUCUGUUCCGCCGCCGUCAACGACCUGUUCCAGCAUGAGUGUGACCCUAAAUACCGCAAUGCCCAAGGAGAAGACACCAUCUACAACGACAACGAAAGCGAGUCGUGUGCAGGUUGCCCGGAAGCCGCCACCCACAAUUGAUAACUUCUGGCCCAACAUCUUGCAGGAAGUGAAUGGAAUCGGUCAGGUAGAUGCUAAACAUCAGGUUUUGCCUCUAGCCCGUAUCAAGAAGAUAAUGAAAUUAGAUGAAAAUGCUAAGAUGAUAGCGGGCGAAGCUCCGCUGCUCUUUGCCAAAGCCUGUGAGUACUUCAUCCAAGAGCUGACCAUGCGGGCUUGGGUUCAUACGGAAGAGAGCCGACGUCGGACAUUGCAGCGUUCGGAUAUCGCUCAGGCCAUUGCGAAUUAUGAUCAAUUUGAUUUCCUCAUCGAUAUUGUGCCGCGCGAAGAGAUAAAGCCUUCACCGUCGUCUUCCUCAUCCUCGUCGUCUUCGGCGGCAGCAGCUGCACAGAAAAGCAACAAGGAAUCAAGCACGACAGCAAAUGCGACGAACACAUCGGCGAGUAAUAACAUCAAUUCUGGCCAAUCCGGUCUCUCAUCUGCGUCCGCCUCCUGCACUUCAGCAAAUAUAUCAAAUUUCAGUGUGCCUACCGCUGUCUCUGCUGGCCUCAAAUUGGAGACAGCCAGCGAUGUUCUGAAUUUCAGUACAGUCAAUGUGAAUCCGGAGCUUUUUGCCAGUCAAGUGCAGCAGGCACAGGUCCAUCACCAACAGCAACAGCAGCCACAACAAGUGCAGAUUAUUCAGCAAGGCGCUGGAGGACAACAGCUGCAAUAUUUUAUAGCACUGCCCGGUCAGCAGGCACAAACGCAACAAGCCCAGAAUCAUUUGGGUCUCAAUAUAGUGACAGCAGCAGCGGCGCAACAGCCUACACAGCAAUUGAUUCUUACAGCGGGACCGAAUGGCCAGUUGACUGCGACACCGGCGCCCACCCAGCAACAGCAAUUGCUACAGAAUCUUGCCCAGGCACAGGCGCAGGCUCAAGUGCAGCAGCAACAGCAGCACCAGCAGGUACAACAGCAGCAACAGCAAAUUCAGUUACUACAACAGGUCGUAACGCCAACUGGUGAAUUGGCCAAUGUGCCGAUUUCAAUCAAUGCAAAUCAGCUGCACUUACUCCGGCUGCAGAUGCAACAGCAACAACAACAACAGCAAGCUGCCCAGGUGGCGGCAGCAGCAGCUGCAGCCCAACAUCAACAUCAGCAGCAUCCGCAGCAGCAACAGGUUAUCAUUCCUACCCAGUUGCUAACGGGCCAACAGAUUCUUCAAUUGGGCGCCAAUGCCCAGCAACAGCAGCAACAACAACAGCAGCAGGUUCAGGUGCAACAGCAUCUUAGCCAAACUAGUGCUUCAGCAACUACCCAAGCCACACCCAUAUUCAUUAACUCAACCAACGGGCAAGCGCAAACACAUCAAAACCCACCAUCUCAGACCAUUUCCAGCAUACAACAGUCCAACGAUCGCAGUCUGAGCGGUGCAUUUCGGUAAAAUCAGGAGAUGGCUUAUGAGGAGGAUAUUGGCAUGGUCCAACUACUUCUCAAACCCACCCCCACCCCGCAAAUCCCCUUCGAUUUUAGAUCUAAGCUAUAAAGUGUAGAAUUAAGAAAGAGAUUUAGUUACAUAUGCGUGACUCCUCUCCAGCAUCAUAUCGAAGCAUCGGAAGGCAUUGAGUCAAAAGAUUAGGAUUAGAUUUUAAGGUUUCUAUUUAACUAGGUCAUCUUGUAAAAAGGAAUUUUGAAUAGCAGUCGGAUAUAUAUAUCAGAAUAUAUAUAUAAUUUUUUUUCUCUCUCUCUCGAACUAUUGUAAUUUAUUGCAUCAGUACAGAAUUGGAACUGUAUUGAUGACCAAAAAACCUUUCCGAUAUAUAUAUAUAGAUAUACAGACACACACAGGCGAAAAGAGUUUUCAUUACUUUUAUUAGAUAUCAUUUGAUUUUCUCUAUUUUUAACGAUAAGUAACCGUAUUCCGUUUGGGUGAUUAGUGUCCUCAUUGUAGCAGGAGAGGAUCGCAGAUUAGGGUUUAUUGUGUAAUUAGUGGAGUCUUACCAAUCAAAAACCAUUAAGUUUUCAAAACGUUUUCGAAACGGUUCGUCAGAAAAUGCAAUUCAGAACAGAAUAUAAUUUCUUCAUUAAUCUGAAAUUAAAUUUCUUCAUUUGUAAAUGAACUAACAAACCGUUUGAUUUUGCCAAAAAUUUUAAAACGCUAUCGUAGUUUACCUGUCAAUUGGUUUUCAAAUAGUUCUUAAAGGUUUUUCGAUUUUGAAUUUGUGCGCCCUGUAAAAGCCAUUAAAUUUUCAUAGAGCAUUUCAUAACUCAAAACAUUGGCAACUGGAUAAAAUUUAUAGAUCUUUAUUUAUUUAUUGACCAAUAUCUUUUAUAUUCAAGAUAAAUGGAAAAAUAUUUGCGAGAUAUUAACAAUUACUUUUUAUUCCACGGAAAGUGAAAGUGGGAAAGCAAUUUUCAUCGGAAACAGUCUGGUUAAAAUAAUUCAACGAAUCUAAAACGAAUCGGUUUAAAGUGGAAUCUUUAUCUGGCAUCAUGCCCGGGUUUGGUUCCGCAUUAUGUAUUUGUAUAUUUGAAUUAAGCUCAAAUCAAAAACAAGAAAAACUUAAGAAAUUACCAAUAAUAAGUCACAAAGAUAAUGUGCCAGUA